AUGGCAGUCCAGCAACACAAAGUGAGUGUUCACUCUGAAAGGUGCGCCUGUGGGCUCUCAGAGGAGCCGGGCUUCCAUCGCUCUGCUCCGGAGGGGCUUAAUGGAGUGAACAAUGGCGACAUCUCCUCUUCAGAUGUGUCAGGUGCUCCAUCUGAUGGGACUUUACAUAGGAGGGAUAAACCAGGUACGCGGAGAUUCAAAACAGGAAGGGAAGCAAUGGUCCUUUGUCUCAAAACUGUGCCCCUCAACAUGGCGCCCAAUUCUUUUGAUGACCAAUAUAAUGACUGUGACCCUGAAAUGGAGAAGACCCUGAUGGAUCCAACUCAGAGCGACUUUGCUUCCCAACAAGAGUUUGUCAAUAUCUGGAAACGGUCACUCUCCAGAUGGAAACAGGUGCAGGGCUCCCCCAACGUGCCCCGAAAUUUUGGCGAGUCAUGCGGCGUUGCCAUUGCCGCUUACACCGAUGGUGGACCGUUGUAUAAAAGAUUCAAUGAAGCUGUCAGGGAAGGUGGGAAGUCUACUGAUCAAUAUCGCCACAGCUUCCCCUUCAAGAGUUUCCACUUUCUCCUGACCAAAGCCCAUCAGGCCUUGAAGGCCUCGUGCCGCAUUGUGUACCGUGGGGUAAGGAACCUGCGGUUCAAUGUCUCUGAUCCUCGAAAGCCCAUCCGUUUUGGGCAGUUUGCUUCCUCAUCGCUGAAGAAAGAGGUGGCAGAAGGCUACGGCAAGGACACAUUCUUCACCAUCCAAACCUGUCUUGGAGUCGAUAUCUCCCACUUCUCCUUCCAUCCCUAUCAAGAGGAAGUCCUCAUCCCACCCUAUGAAGUGUUCCGUGUUAUGUCCAUCAGAGAGAAGGGCGCCCACAUUGAGCUAAAGGCCAAUGGGAAGCACAGCAAUUUCAACUGUGGCCUGAAGAGUGGUAAGAGCUGGGGGAUGUGGUGGAUGGGGAAGGCCAGGCAGAUGAUCCUGCCUUGA